CCGUCGGACGACUUCCGCUCGGCUGGACGGUGGAGGGAGAGUGCGAGCACUGGGAGGAGGCUACCUAGAGCCCUCGGCCCCAGAUAGCGCGAUGCGAUCGGUUAGCUACGUGCAGCGAGUAACCCUGGAAUUCAGCGGAAGCCUCUUUCCGCAUGCGAUUUGUCUCGGCGACGUCGACAACGAUGCGUUGAAUGAGCUGGUGGUGGGAGACACUGGUGGGAAGCUGUCAGUGUACAAGAAUGAUGACACCCGGCCAUGGAUCACCUGUUCCUGCCAGGGAAUGCUUACUUGUGUUGGGGUAGGAGACAUAUGUAACAAGGGAAAGAACUUGGUGGUGGCAGUAAGUGCUGAGGGCUGGUUUCACCUCUUUGACCUGAUGCCUGCCAAGACUCCAGAUACCUCUGGGCACCACGAGGCACCAGCAGGCGAGGAGCAUCGACCAGUGUUCAAGCAGCACAUCCCCGCCAACACCAAAGUCAUGCUGAUCAGUGAUAUCGAUGGGGAUGGGCGUUGUGAGCUGGUGGUAGGCUACACAGACCGUGUGGUGAGGGCAUUCCGAUGGGAGGAUGCCAGCGAUGGCAUGGAACAUGUGACUGGACAGCUGAUUUCACUUAAGAAAUGGCUACUAGAGGGACAGGUAGACAAUCUGUCAGUGACUCUGGGGCCUCAGGGAACCCCUGAACUGAUGGUAUCCCAGCCAGGCUGUGCUUAUGCCAUUCUACUGUGUACCUGGAACAAGGGGCCCCUCCCUGUCCCUGAGGAGAGUAACAGAGAGACCACUGCUAUCCGGGAUGUCAUCCUGCACCAGACAUCUGGCCGGAUCCACAAUAAGAAUGUCUCCACCCACCUCAUUGGCAACAUCAGACGUGGCCGAAGCAGUGAGAACAGUGGCUCAAGUCUUUUUGCCCUCUGCACCCUUGAUGGAACUCUAAAACUCAUGGAGGGAGCAGACAAGCUACUGUGGUCAGUACAGGUGGAUCACCAACUUUUCGCCCUUGAAAAACUGGACGUUACAGGCAAUGGAAGUGAAGAGGUAGUGGCAUGUGCCUGGGACGGACAGACAUACAUCAUUGAUCACAACCGAACUGUGGCUCGCUUCCAGGUGGAUGAGAAUGUCCGUGCCUUUUGUGCAGGCCUAUAUGCCUGCAAAGGAGGUCAAAACAGUCCCUGCUUAGUAUAUGUGACCUUCAACCAGAAGAUUUACAUCUAUUGGGAUGUGCUGCUUGAGCGCAUGGAGUCCACCAAUCUGGUGAAGGUGCUGGAAGCUGAGCCAGAGUACCGGGGCCUGCUACAGGAAUUGGGUGUGGAUCCUGAUGACUCUACAGCUGUCCGAGCAUUGAUCCAUCAGACACUUUACUAUCCAGAUCAGCCACAGCCAGAUAAUCCUUCAAACAACCCAGAUCCUUCUUAACUGGAGGUUAUCAAGAAAGAGACUUGGAGCAGAGAAAGAAAGAGACAGCGUAUUUGGGGCAAAAAAUUGAGCUGAAUGCAGAAAAAAUAAUUUCACCUGACUGCUUCCUAGAAGAGCCAUAUUCAUAGAAUCAUAGAGGUGGAAGGGACCUCAGAGACCAUCUAGUCCUGCCCUCUCAUUUUACAGAUGAGGGAACUGAGGCCCAGGGAGUUUUAAGUGACUUGCCCUAGGUCACAUAUAUUGUGAAAGUCUUUUUCUGGGUCAAAGACUUCCCCUUCCCCUCUCAACUCUUUGAAGGGCUAUUCACCCAGAAAAUCACCAUUUAAAACUUGAUGGUAGCCUUUAGACGUUGGAUAGUCUGGGAGUCAAUUUGAGUCAAUUUUUAGGCCUGAUUUGAUUUGUCUGCUUUCUUGAUUGUCCUUUUAGGUUAUACUGUCCCCAUUAAUCAGCCCUAUUUAUAUGAGUCAGAUGAAAUCCAAGUCCCAUUCUUUCUCCUUCUCCCUGAGGAGAGAUAAAUAAUAACAUUAUUAUCAUCAUUUAUGUAGUGCUGUAAGGGUUUGCACAGUGCUUCGUACGCAUUACUUUAGUUGUUGAGUUUUCUCUAGCAAGGAUGAGACUAAUGGUAAGAGGCAGCCAGAAAAGACUUCGCUUUAGAGAAACAGUGUUUAUUCGAAUGAAGAGGCAUUUGGGCUGGGGCCUGACAGAGAUUUGCUAGAAGCAGACUGAGGAAAAGCAACAAGGAAGGACUAUGAAAGCAGAGGACACAGGAAAAUUAGAUUGAGGGCAAUAACAGAGACUUGUUGAGAUCUAGGAUAGGACAAGAUUGUAAUUUAAUGAGCUCUUGUCUUUUGUUUAGAUGGAUUGAUGGAAAGGGAUUGAGAAAGGGGGUAUCCCUCCCUAUUCUAAUCCACCUCAAUCAGGGCAAGAGAAUAGAUGGGGAAAAGAUUAUCCUCAGAACCAAGGAGACCCAGUUCCUACCCAACCUAGCCCAUAGGCCAGUGCCAUAUCUUUCCCCACCCUAUGAGUCAUCUCUUGGGAGAAGGAAGAAACCAGCCAAAAAGGCACUCUGGGGCCCGACCUUUUGGCAUCCAAAUCUCCCUCCUAAAAUGAAAACACCCAGCUAAGGGAAGCUACUAGGACUCAGGCUAGGUGAACUCCAAGUUUAUGGAGGUUAAAAAUGUAGGAUGGAAAAAAUAGAGGCCCAAAGCAAUUAGAUGGGGCUCCAAAGUUAAAGCUAAAUAUUUCCACUCCCUUCUCUCAUGCUUAAGGAGAGAAAUAUUCCCUGUAGAGUAUGACCAUGCAAUCAAAGUCACUGAAUUGUUCAUACCUUUUGACCCAGUGAUUCCACUACUGGGUACACACACACACACACACACACACACACAGAGGAAGGUAAUGACAGAAAGAAAAAUAUAUAUAACAUAUAAAGUAAUCAUAAUAUUCUGUGGUGACAAAAAACCAACAACAAAAAAAUCGGAAAUGAAAUGGUUGCCAAUCAUUUGGAAUUGGAAAAGCUGAAGCUGUAGUAUAUGAAUAUAAUGGAAUGUUGUACUGUAAGAAACAGCCAAUGUGAGACAUUUGGAGAAAAUGGGAAGAUCUGUAUGAACUGAUGAAGAGUCAACAAAUAAAACCAAGAGAAUAACAUACACAGUAACUACAGGAAUGCAAAUAAAAGUCAUACCAAAAUACAA